UACCCCUCUCUCUCUCUACCCCUCUCCCUCUUCCUGCCUCUCUCUAUCCCUAUCUCUCUCUUUGCCUCUUUCUCUCUUCUCUUUCUCUCGCUCUAUAAAACAUCACAUCACACUGACAAUCAGACCUACAAGCACUACCAUUCACGCAACACCGCCACUAAUCCUACCACAAAGAACGUAUCAUUCAUAUCUUCCAAUAGACAAAACAUAGACAGAGCAUUUUGAUUUUCAUCCCUCAGUCAAUCUGAAGAUUGAUCCCUGCUAUUUGCUCCAGGGUCUUUUUCAUGUUUCCUUUUGUCAUUUAUCUCUAGUUGUGGCAUUUUUACCUAGUCAAUUCGAUUUUUUUUCAAGAAAGGGUUUUGCGUAUAGGUUGGCAUGAAAAGUGAAGGACUACCAAGAGGAAUGAAGUCCACAUGUUGGUGCAUUGUUCUCCUGUCACUCAUUUCUAUGGUUACAAGUGCCCAUUCAUCUGCAUCUGGAAGUUCAGACGUUCUGAAGUCAGAGAGACCAAAGUCAAGAGCUAAGGACCUCUGGACAACAGACACCAGCAAGGACGUAUCCAUCAGUCAUCUGCUCUCCCAGACCUUUUAUGACAAGAAUCUGUCUGGCCUGGAUCUGAACUAUGACAAGUUGGAACCGUACUCUAAACAGGAGCUCUGGGACUGGCUCCACAACACCUCUAGCCUUCAUGACCCCCGCUCCCGAUCCAAGAGGAGACCCAUCGUCAAGACAGGAAAGUUCAAGAAGAUGUUCGGCUGGGGCGACUUCCACUCCAACAUCAAGACAGUGAAGCUCAACCUGCUGAUCACCGGGAAGAUCGUAGACCACGGCAACGGCACGUUCAGCGUCUACUUCCGCCACAACGCUACGGGCCAGGGCAACGUGUCGGUGGGGCUGGUGCCGCCCACCAAGGCCGUGGAGUUCCAGCUGCAGCAGUCGACGGUCCUCGAGCCCAAAGACACCAAGCUGUUCAACUGCAGGGUGGAGUACGAGAAGGUGGAGAAGGGCACCAGGAAGUCGCUGUGUUCCCACGACCCCUCGCAGAGCUGCCCUCAGGAGCAGACCCAGAGCCAUGUGUCCUGGCUGUGCUCCAAGCCCUUCAAAGUCAUCUGCAUCUACAUCUCCUUCUACAGCACCGACUACAAGCUGGUGCAGAAAGUGUGUCCGGAUUACAACUACCACAGCGAUACUCCCUACCUCCCCACCGGGUGAUUGGCUGAGCGGCUAAGGGAAAGGAACAGAGACAGACAGGGCAUUCGCUCCUGAGAGGUGUCAGUUGAUUUGAGCUAGGCUGGCACGGCCCUCAAUAGAACAGGAGAGGAUGCUUUACUGUCGGAACGGAACUGUUAAAAGGUAUUAUUAAAGCCAAUGAAUCCCUGCUGCUUGUGAGAUCGCAACACUGAGCAGCCCUUCCCUAUGGCCAUUGUAAGAGCAAUUAGUACGCAACAUUUCCUGGCUUGGCAUACUUUUUACUCAUGUAUUUUGACCCUCUACAGUAGCUAUAAGAAAGUGCUCUGCCAGAACCUUCUCUGAAGAUUUGUCAUUUAUGUAAAUAAUAACUGAUAAAGCCCACUUUAUUCUAUUAGAAACUGUUUCGAUCUUCUAAUUGUGUGUUGAUGGAAUAGCAUUUUGAAUUUUCCUUCCCUCUCAUUGUCCAUUUCUGUUUGUCACCGGUGAUUACAAAGCGGAAAUGAAGUAGGUAGAUGCUGACUUACUGCGAAGGAAAGUGUCAGAACGCAUUAAGACGUGCCAUCUAUAUCGUUGCCUGUUUGUAUCUGUUUGACAGCCAGAAAUAC